UACCGCAAAGCGUCAACGAUCCAACACCAACAUUUGUCAAACCAAAUCUCUUCUUUUAAAAAGAAAACAAUAUUUCUUUCAUUAUGAAUUUAAUUAAACUGAAUGAUGUAAAAGCAAUUCCCGACAUAAUUCAUGAGUAUAAACCUUCACUUAAAGAUAACCAAGUUCCACUUGUUAUUGAUAAUGGGUCAUACCAGUGCCGUGUCGGAUGGAGCACGGACGAGAAUCCUCUGCUUAUUUUUCGAAAUCUAAUUGCUAAGCCCCGGAAGGACCGCACCAAAAAAGAUGCUUCAGAAAUAGUAGCUAAUCCUCCAAUCCAAAUUGGAAAUGACAUUAUAAACAUCGAGGCUAUGAGAUUCCAAUUGAAGACACAGUUUGAUCGUAACGUUGUCACUCACUUUUACAAUCAGGAGCAAAUAUUUGACUAUAUUUUCACCCACUUGGGAAUAUCGAAUGACGGAGGUAUUCCACAUCCAAUUAUAAUGACCGAACCGCUUGGCAAUCCCAACUACUGCAGGCAAUUGAUGUCAGAACUACUUUUUGAGUGUUACGAUGUUCCUUCCGUCUGCUUUUCCAUUGAUUCAAUGAACAGUUUUAAAAAGAACAAGAGGGGACCUAAUGGUCUCAUACUUUCGUUUGGGUAUCAUACAACGCAUGUAAUACCUGUUUUGGACAAUAAACUAAUUUCAACAAAAGCUCGCCGUAUUAACAUAGGUGGCUACCACAUUAUAACGUUUCUUUUUCGACUAAUGCAGCUCAAGUAUCCAGUUCAUUUGAACGCCAUCACCAUAAGUAGAAUGGAGGCACUCAUGCAAAGUCACUGUUCUGUUUCUAAAGAUUAUAUUGAAAAUCUUAGAAAGUGGUCACAUAUUGACUAUUACGAACAGAAUGUGAAAAAAAUACAACUGCCAUAUACCUUGCCGACGCAACCGACUGUCGUUUCGGCGGAACAAAGAAUGGAAAAACGGCGAGAGCUCUCAAAAAGAUUAACCGAGAUCAAAGCUAGAAAACGUGAGGAACAGCUGUUGGAAGAUGAAGAACAAAUCAUAAUAAUGUCUAAUAUUAAGAAUCUUUACAUUAUGGGAGACUUAAAGCGUUUUGGUGAUGCAUUGAGGGAGAAUGACAUUGCCAAUUUAGAAGAACUCGAGAAACUCAUUACAAGCACAAAACAACGAAUCGAGAAAACGAAACAGAAAAUGCUUCUGCCUCCAGCUGUAGAGGUACCAAUAGCAAUUCCCGAAGAGAAACCUGUUGUUAUACCCCAACCGCCACCAAAUAUUUCCAUAGAGGAAUGGGUUUCUUCUACUAGAAAUAAGCGCACUCAAUUAAUUGAAAAAAGACAUAGCAGAAAACAACGUCGACAAGAUCUGGCAAAAAGACGAACAGCUGCAGCACAAGAAAGAAUGCGUAUUAUUUCGCAGUUAGCGCGCAAAGAAAAAGGUUCUGAUAACUUUGGAAUGCGUGACGAAGACUGGGACGUUUACAAAGUAAUAAGCAAGGACUGUGAGAGUGACAGCGAUGCUGAGAAUGAGAAACUUCUUGAGAUCGAAGAUAUUCUGCGACACCAUGAUCCUAUGUUUGAGGAGCCAGUAAUAAUGUUGGGAGGUGCUGCUGAAUACCAUCAGCUUCACGUGGGAGUGGAAACAAUUCGAGCUACCGAACUACUCUUUCAACCAAGCAUGAUUGGAAGUUCUGAAUGUGGAUUGGCUGAAUUAAUGGACUAUGUUUUUAAGAUGUUUACACCUGAUGAGCAAAUUUUGUUAUCGCAAAAUGUAUUCCUAACCGGUGGAUGUUCACUUUUACCAGGACUCAAAGAGCGAAUUUCUAAGGAACUUUUGGAAAUGCGUCCCUUCCAAUCACCACACAAUAUUUUUAUGGCUGAUUCAGCUUCUUUGGACGCCUGGUUCGGUGCUCGUGACAUCGCUCGCAGUGAAAAGCUUGGAGAAUUUUUGACAACAAAAUACGACUACGAAGAAAUGGGUGGCGAAUAUUUUAAGGAACACCCGACAAGCAACUACUUUUUCAAUACUCCAGCACCAGUUGUUUCAGAGACACCGAAUGAAUGAAUACACUUUACACGUUGAAUAAAAGUAAUUUUCUGGGA